UGUUAAAUCAUUAAAUUCUAAAUAAAUUUUUAUGAAAGAAAUUGAUUAUAACUUAUUGGUUUUUCAACUAAUUCAAAACAUUGCGGGAAUCGAAAAAUAACGUAUUUGUUAACAUUUCAAAUGAAUGUAGUGCAGAUGAAACGUUGACGAAAAACGCGAGUCUUCCAUAUCCAAUGCGACGGCGCAAAAUCUGAAGAGUGCCAAAUAUUUAUAAGACAUAAAAUCAAUAUUUGCAGCAUCCGAUAAGAUACCAUAAGAAACAUAGACACACUAGAAAUCAACGAAGAUGUCUUCGCCGAAACAGAAAACAACAUCCGGUGCUAGAGAUGAAGAUCUCAAUUCGGAAUCGGUGGAAGUUCUUCGUGAACGACUGAACCAAAUGAAGCGCUUGAUUGCGGAACGGCAAAAUCAAAACAGCAGCGGCAGCGCAUCGGAUCUUUGGUCGCCACAAACCCGAUCUAGUUGCAGUGGUAUCAUCGAUGGCAACUUUCUUUCCAUGGCCUUCGGGGGAGCGCUGGUAGUGAUACUGUCGGUUUCGGUCUACGCGUUCUACAACCUGUACCACGCAGUGCUAAAAAAAUUCCCCUCGCAGCACACUGAGCUGUGAACGAAGAAUUUUCGCCGGAUACUGUCUUUGUGCCAAAUAUUUGGGAACCCCCUGUAGAAGUAGUGAAUUUUAUGCGUUUAACUUUAUACUAUUCACAAAUGGUAUAUUCUCAUUAUCGACUAUCAUCUCUCCCAAAAUUGAAUAAA